GGAACGGCAUAGGAAAGAAGCAGAGCCAUUAAAUGAUCUGGCAAACGAAGAAGAAGCGAAAAUCCGUCACCGAUGUUCAACGUUGCGGUCUACGGAUCUACGAUGCUGGAGCUCGGGAUCAUGAAGGUAUUACAUACUAAAAAGAUCUUGAUGACUCACGAAAAUAUUUCCGAUGAUACUGAUAUUAUCAGAAAACCCAUGGAUAUACAGACCGAAUUAAUUUUCUCGCGCGACAGCGUGGGCGAAAUUAGGUGUUCUCCAUUAGAACGGUCCGUUUACAUUCACCGACCAGAAAAAUAUAAGAAGAUGGUACACAUCAACAAUUUUCGAUUUAUUCGACAAGCCUGUUGUCACUGUUACUUUUCUCUGAAGAGUUGCAUGCAACGAGAAGCCGGGAAGCCGCGGUGGUCAACCGUCAUUGAUCUCCUGUUAGAAUCGGAUCACUUCGAUGUAACAAGAUAAAUAGUCAGCGGGACACCGUCGGUGGUCGAGGGUGCGGAUCGCAGAGUCAUGCUGACUAUGUAUCUGAUCAAGAGAGAGCCGGGUAUGCUCGUUCCGCGGGAUCUGGGCUACACUUAACGUGUACACCCUGGUGGUUCUCUAAUCGUCUCGAACAAGCUGAUGAGACACUUUCAUGAUUUACUUACACGCAGUUUGGCGAAAGAAAGUCGCCAACUAUCUGCGUAAGUAAAGAAUUAAAUGUACCACUGAUAAUAUUCUUUAGCUCUCUUGUGAACCAUAUUGUUCGCGUAGACAAACUAUAGCGAGAGAGAAUUACAAUCGAUUCACGCUACGAAGACGAGAAGAAGCGAUAAAUGAUUGACUAAGGAUUAUCGAGGACAAGAACUAUGCUGGACUGCGCGGACCGUCCGACCGCAAAUCUCACGAUCUAACGACGAGUUCUCGCUUUAAUGUUUCUCCAUAGCGCGCUCGAUGGCGGAGAACCUCCCUCUUCUUUCCCCCAAGUUUCAGGAACAGCGCGAGCCCGAUCGGCUUUUUAUUCCGGCCCGCUUUUUGCGAUCGUCGGGGAUCUUUCGUCACAGCAACACCCGGGCACGUGACGCUGCGGACACGGUGUUACAAGUGUUCGCGUUCAUCCAUAGCCUCGGCAACACUAACGGUGACAUCCUUUCGAGAAUCGAUUCGUCGGACUUUCCUUCGCAAUCCGGAUUUUUGCCGCACCGUCUCCGCCACCCGCGAGUGUGAAAUGGUAACGUUCUGGGAAAACGUCAACCAACCGCGCGCGGGAUCAGCUGAUCGGUUUGUUCACCUCGUCGUUCUUCGUGUUUUUCAACGAUAUCCCGACGACCGACCGAAGGCGGCCAAUAACUUCGUUAAGUGUUUUUAUUUAGAAUUCAGAAUUGGAUGGUUUCCGGAAGUGGUCUGAACGUCACAGAACAUUUAAGCCGGUUUUUUCUUUUUUGUAGCCUCUCGAGAGUUACUGCCGUUACUGGAGCCUAUCGCGAUUGCAAUGCAAUGGUUUUAAUUACCCGAGACGUUUCUUAGUAUGUUAAAUUGUAUCAAGGAACGCAUUCGGGUUUGAGAAAAAAUACUGAGGUAAAAUAAUGAUCGAUAAAUCGAAAACGCGAUAAGAAUGUGUUGUAACUUCUUAGAAAAUAAGCGGAAGAAAGAAACGAUUGAGAUUUAGACAAAAACAUUGAGAUUGGGAACUUUUUAUAGAAAAAGCGAUUCCCUAUCCGUCUCGUUACAAACGCGGCUCGGAUUAUAAGUGGUCCGGCCAGCAAAAAAUAUGUAGUAAAACAAGCGAAGUGUGAUCGGUUACGUGCGAGAGGACGGGCAUAAACGAUGAAAGGGGUGGUCCGGCAGGUAUUGGGCGAGGAGCUCGUCUGCUCGGUGAACCGUGGAUUAAGAUAAACCCUUCAUCGGUUUCUUGUCGAACGAUUUCUCUCGUCCUUUUGUUGGCGCGACCCGCAGAUAGCGCUGGCUUAAAGUACUUUCCGUCCCCGCGUGGAAAUUAUUUAACGCCGUUAUCUACCCGCGAACGCGCGCGGAAAAUCUUUCAGCGCGAUAGAAAGUAAUAGAAAGCGUGCAAAAGAGGAACAAACGCAAGAGAGGGAGAUAAGGAAAGAGAGAAAGAGAGAGAGAGAGAGAGAUGAGCGAGUUAAAGAUUUACAUUAUGCCCGCGGGAAAUAAAAAUUACGCACGCGUGAAGGCAAUCGGUACGGAAAAGCAGAAAAUUUGCAAUUUCUAUUCGUAGAAAUCUGAUAUCUCGCGGCGCAAAAUUCAUAUGCCGGUAAUUGCCGAUUCAAUGAAUAUGAAGCAAUUCCAAGUGACUAAAUAAGGAAAACUAGAUUUCGAAAAAUAUUUCUCUUUUUUUUUAUUCUAUUGUUAAUUACCUUCAUCUCAAGCGAGCUUUCUCCUUACUCGACUCGAAA